CGCGUGCUUCAGCUAACACCAAGAAUUUCAGAAGUGAUCCGAAGAAAUCAACAGGAAGGCAAAGUGGUGGACCACAUUCUACUAUUCAUUGCGUUGACUUUUUGGAAUUUGAACCUGUUUUUUCGAAAAAAGCGAGGGAACAACAAAAUCGUCUUUCCGUAAGAAAGCAGUUAACUGAAAACCGUAUAAUUACUAAAAUUCAUUCUAAAGAUAAUUAUCAUGACAAGACUUCAACCUGCAUAAUUGAAUACGACAGUGACACAACUUUGGAAAUAAAGGAAGAAAUGAUCCAAGAUCUAGAGACUUGUAUUGGCCAGAAAUAUGAUGAAAAGUGUAAAACAAAAUUGCCUAACACAGAUAUAGAAAAAGCUGAUAUUUUUGGUAUUAAGAAAAGACUGUCUACGCGUAUGAAGAGGAAAGUUCAGCAUUCGAGACUGGAAAAGAAUUACACAUGCGAAAAAUGUGCACGAAGCUAUAAAAGGCAGUCAUAUUUAAAUAGUCAUAGGAAAUUCGAAUGUAACGUCAUUCCACAGUUCAGGUGUAACUUCUGCGACAAACGAUUUAAACGUAAUCCUCACCUUCGGCGCCAUAUACAUGAGGUGCAUCAGAAAUCAAAACUGAAGACUAAACAAACAAAGUAUUAUUGUAACCAAUGUUUUCGAUGUUACAGUUCUUCAAAUGCCUUAAAUCGACAUAAACGUUCAGAGCACGCAGGAGUCAAGCCAUCAUUUAUAUGCGAUUAUUGUUCUCAUAAUUCGAAUAGAAAAUAUCGCUUGUCACAACAUAUAUAUUUAAAACAUCUCAAUAAGCAAUAAUCAUAACGAACGUGAAACUUAAAUCCUUACGAAAUUUCUCAUAGUAGUUUAAAACAUUUUUUUAAAUCAUAACAAAUUCUAGUAUACUUUGGACUAAAUUUUUUAUAAAAUCACCACAUAUUACUUUAUUUCACUACAAGAAACGUUCCGUAAAAAUAAACCGAGUGGUUUUACGAACACCAAGAAAUUCAAGAGUUAUUCGAAGAAACCAACAGAACUGCCAGAUGAUGGAGCACAUUCUGCUCUUCAGUCUUGUCACUUUUUGGGAUUUGAAACUGUCUUUGUCAAACACGAAAAAGAAGAUCACAGUCUUAUUUGCGAAGGAAAUCCAUUGGAAGAAACUUCUAUGGCUACUAAACUUUCGUCUGACAAUUCUGAUGACAAGACUUUAAAUUGCAUGAUUGAAUAUGAUCAGGACACAACUUUGGAAAUAAAGGAAGAAAACACCCAAGGUCAAGCGACAGCUGUAGGUCAGAAAUUUGAUGAACAAUACGAGACAAACUUGCAAACCGCACAUAUUGGGGAAGCUGAUAUUAGUGGAGCUCAGAAACAGUUCCCAAGCCUUAAAAAGCAGAAAGUUCAGGAAUCAAAACUAGAAAAGAAUUACACAUGUGAGAAGUGUGCACGAAGCUAUAAAAAUAAACCUCAUCUGAAUCGUCAUCAAAAAUUCGAGUGCGGUGUCCUACCACAGUUCAUAUGUACCUUCUGUGACAAACGGUUUAAACGGAAUCUACACCUUCAACAGCAUAUAGUUCGCGUACAUAAUAAAACCAACAUAAGAGCAUCGCAAACAAAGUAUAAUUGUGACAAAUGUUCUCGAAGUUACAGUUCCUCAGACGCCUUAACAUUUCAUAUACGUUUAGAACAUACAGCAGUCAAACCCCAAUUUAUUUGCGAUAUUUGUGGUUACAAAACUAAACGCAAACCUAGCUUGUCAAGACAUAUUUCUUCAAUACAUCUCGGCUGUACGCGGUCAAGGCACACAAAGCGCCGUCUUCAAAAUUGAAUUGAGCCCGUUUUCAGGUUUAAUUUAACAUGAAUAAUACUUGUGAACAGUAAUACAGUGAAACUCUUUUAUAGCGCCGAUUUUGACGCUGACGGUGGGUGGGAAGUAACUCAUUAUAGCCCAUUCCAAUUUUGUUUUUACACGCCUGAGAGCUCGUCUGAGUGAGAACUGUAAACCCCACACACCACGUGCAGCUCCUCUUACGCAUACCUGCGGCGCAGCGUCAAUUCUCAGAAGAGCUAUAGAAGGGAGGGCUAUUGAAGAGUUUCACUGUAUUUAUUAUAUGAAUGUUUUUUUAUCCAAAUAUUUUAGGAUUUAAAAACAAUUGAGUGCAGUUUGAAACUGUUAUGUGAAGUUAAAACACAGAAAGUUUACUUUUUUGGUUUGGCACUUACGGUGCUUUUACCGCACGCAGACAAUUUUGAUAAUUAAUAAUUAUUAGGAAUAAAGAAUAGAAACUUUGUUUAAUUUAAAUUUAAAAACAAUUCUUUGGAAAGAGAUAAAGAACCUAAUUAAAUAUUUAAUGGCACUUGACUUAUCACUAAAAAUGUGGAAUCGUAUCUAUAACGAAAAUCUGAUCGGCGAGCGGCACUUUUCCAUUUUUCAUGAUAAUUUGAGUACCAGUAAAUAUUUCAUCAUGUUCUGAGUCUCAUUUUAAAGAGGAGAUUUCAGGAUUUAGUUUGCCGAAGUUUAUAUUUUUUCCAUCCACUUCCCUGAAACAUGCAAAAAGUGGAAGAUAAGAAUCGAAAAUUGCUAUCUUGGCCUCUGUUAAACUAAAAUACUUCAAGUAGGGUGCAAUCGAUUUUAAGUUUAAUAAUUCUUCUAACGAUUCUUUUGUAAUCUUUCUAACUUAAUAUACUGCUGAGAUAAUCUCAAAAAAGAGAGACAUGUUUAUAAAAAGACUUCUCUUAGUGGAUUGACAAUUCUGGCCGGUACUGUACGUGAGACUUCAAUCAUUACGAAAUUUCUCGUACUAGUGAUAAAUAAUUUUUUGUCCCAUAAUACAUGCUUCUAUACCUUAAAUUACAUUUUGUGAAAAUCCCUGCAUAAUCCUCUAUUUUACUUCCUAAAGGUUCUAAAAGAAAUUUUAAUAUUAACAUUUUUUAAAAUUGAGGAAUCUAUUUUUUCUCAAGUUUAAGGCGAUUACCGUCCAAUAUGCCGUAAACAUUUUUAUUAUUGUUGAAUUUCGAAUAGUUUAUACUGGGCGAUCUUGUUGUAUAUAAUCAGUCCGAUCACCCAUCUACUUGAGCCACUACCAUUUUAUCAUUAUUAUUUUCAUAUUUUUAUUUUUAUUUACUCUGAAGUAUUACUAUUUAAUCAUGAAGGGAAGAAAGUAUUUUUUUGUUUUUUAAAGGAUUUUCUACACAUAUGAAUAUAAUAGGAUAUACUUGAUCCUGAAUUAAUAAAAUUACAUUUCUACGCUGUCAGCAGUCUUCACUAAUUUACUGAUGGAUCCUUCCGUUUCAGGUUAUGAUAAAAUAGUUACCUAUUGAAAAAUUCUCAUUUACA